GAACUACAAAAUAUUUAUAUAUAUAAAUACUAAAUUUGCUGUGUCGAAUCUGCGAUUGGAUACCGCAAACGAAGUUUCCUUUGGCUUAUUUUGGUUGCCAGAUAAUAGCUUAUCUGAAGAUCAAGCUCUGUCAGUUUGAAUGGAAAACCUCUAUGAACAUCAACUUUCAAGUUUUGUCACAGAUUUUUAUCAGAAUUUAGCAUGGCCAUCCCCAUAGCCAUCUUAGACUGCGAUCUUCUUCUGCACGGACGAGGCCAUAAGACUCUGGAGCGCUUUGACCUGGACACCGUUUCAAACAGCGUUCUCCUCUCAAACUUUGGGUUUCCAAGAGACUUCAUCUUGUAUCUGGUGGAAUUACUCAGAGAGACUCUUUCCAGGAGAACCCUGAGAUCCAGAGCAAUCAGUCCUGAGGUUCAGGUGUUGGCAGCGUUGGGCUUCUAUACAUCUGGCUCAUUCCAGACGUCCAUGGGGGAUAUAAUAGGGAUCAGCCAGGCGUCCAUGUCCAGAUGUGUGACCAAUGUGACUAAAGCUCUGGUGGAAAAAGCUCCACAGUUCAUCACUUUCAAUAAAGACCCUUCCAACAGAGAGUACUCCUUCCAGGAGUUUCAGAGGGUGGCAGGAUUUCCAGCAGUCCUGGGCGUUCUCGACUGUGUUCAGGUGGCCAUCAAAGCCCCGAACAGCGACGCCUCCUCUUACGUGAACAAGAAGGGCUUUCACUCUAUAGCCUGCCAGCUGGUCUGUAACGCCCGGGGGCUUUUACUCAGCGCUGAAACGUGGCCCGGCGGCCUGCAGGACACCAAGAUUCUGCAGAGGUCAGCCAUUUCCAAACAGCUGCAGGACAACGAGGAGGGCUGGCUGCUGGGCGAUGGACGUUAUCCUUUGAAGAAGUGGCUGAUGACACCAGUGGAGAGCCCAGGAACAGCUGCAGAGUUUCAGUAUAACCUGGCCCACACCGUGACGCAUGAGAUAGUGGACAGAACUUUCAGGGCCAUUCAGACCAGAUUCAGAUGUUUAGACGGCAUCAAAGGGAACCUGCAGUAUUCUCCUGAGAGGAGCUCGUCCAUCCUCCUGGCCUGCUGCGUUCUGCACAACGCCUCCCUGCAUUCCGGCCUGGACGCCUGGACUCUGGAGAGGACAGAGCCACUGGAGCAGCCCAAGGGCCCUGAGCAGACGCUGGAGGACCGGGACAGCGAGGCGGAGGAGCUCCGGAAACACAUCAUACUGAAACACUUCAGCUAGAGACUCCACAGAGGACAGAGACCAGAAAAAGACUGGAUGGAUGGAUCAAUCAAUGAAUGGAUGGAUGAAUGAUUGGAUGGAUGGCUCAAUGGAUAGAUGGAUGAAUGA